AUGUCUGACCCAAGUGCAAGAAUUAUCUCGCAUAUGAACAGAGACCACCAAUUGUCUCUUAAUGACUAUGUUGUGGUUUACGGUACUGUUGACUCCAAGUAUUUGGUUGAAGAUUCAGUGCAUAUUACCAAGGUGGACCUCGAGCAAAUUGUGAUUGAAUAUGACUUGAUCAACCCCUCAAAGACAAAGACAUUGGCCUUAUACUGGUCAGACGCAGAGGAAUAUGAGAAGAUUGAGGUCAAAUCGUGGUCAGAUAUUAAAGGUAAGCUAAUAGCAAUGGCCAAAUAUUGUGCUAAUAAGCAAGGCUUUGAAAUGCACAAGUUGACAAAAGCAGAAUGGCCAGACCUCUCCUUGUCUGGUUUAUUUGGAUGGAGUAUGUAUCCGCAGUGGAUGGUGCUUAUUUUAAACUCUUACAAUCCAGAGAUUUUGCGCAACUUGUUUGCAAACGAUGCAUUAUUCAACAGACUAGUUAAGUAUUUGCCAUCUGGAGCUAUCCGGUUCUACAAAUAUGCAGGCGAGACACAUGCUUCCAAAGUACUUUUGACAAUUGUGGUACUCCACUUGAUUGAGAUAUUCAAGGAGACUGGUCCUAUUUUAAAGAAGAACAGAGCGCCAGGUAUAGUGAGAGCCAAAUGGUACUUUAUGAACUUGAUCGAGGGUUUCCCAGUCUUGAUUAGAUUGAAGAACUUGACGAAGUAA